CUCCUCCUCUGUAUUACUGGUGGUUGCUAGACCCUUCUUCAGUAUCACUGCCAGAAACUCGGGCAGUAGGUUAGAACUGAGCAACACAGGAUGACUUCAUUAACACAGAUGCCUGAUAAGUAAGAAGCAGAAGAAGAAGACAAUACAGGAGUAAAAGAACACUCACAGGUGUUGACUAUUCCAAAGCCAUGAAUCUGACAGACACUAAUAUCACUAAACAGAACUAUUCGCUGGAACAGGAUAAUGGAGGCUAUUCACAAUAUGCGCAAAUACAUUUGACUGUAGCACCUGCUGUGGCAUUAGGCCUCUGCCUCAUCGGCUUGGUGGGAAACAUUAUUGUAUUUUGGUAUCUUUGCUUCAAGAUCCAGGGGAACAAAUAUACUACAUAUAUCAUCAACCUGGCAGUGGCUGACUCCAUCUUGAUAAUAUUCAGUGCUAUGCUGCUGAUUAUCAAUAUCAAUACAAUGAUUGGUACAAAUCCUGAUUUUCAAGGGAAGGAGUCAUUUUAUAAAUUUCUUGAAGUAUUUUCUGACAGCAUGCAGUAUACCGGAAUGUUCCUCCUCACUGCCAUCAGCAUGGAAAGGUGCAUGUCUGUCCUGUUUCCUUUAUGGUACCAGUGUCAUCGGCCUCACAACCUGUCCACUAUUAUGUGUGCCUUCCUUUGGGUCAUUGGAUGUUUGGAAAGUCUCAUUGAGAACUUGGUGUGUCCAUCUGCAGCUUUCGUGAGUCCGACGUCACAGUGUACAGCAGUGCAGAUUAUGACUUUUGUUUUAGCCAUUGUUAUCUGCCUCCCAAUCAUGGUCAUUUCAAGUUUCAUCUUACUCAUCAAAAUAAAGAGGACCUUUCGGGAGCAAUACCCACCCAAACUGUAUAUCAUCAUCAUCACUGCAGUUUUAUUCUUCAUCUUAUCCAUCAUGCCAUUUAAUUUUUUAUGGUUUUUCGUGUACUUUCAGCUGCUAACAACAAUUCAAGCCGCCAGUUUAUACUUUGCAAGUAUUUUUAGCAUAGUGCUUAACUCUACCAUUAACCCCUACAUUUACUUCAUUGUUGGAAGAAAAUGGAAGCAGUCAUCUAAUCAUUCUAUUCAUGAUGCUCUUCAAAGAGCCUUUAAGAUAGAAGACGAAGAGACUGAAGACACAAAUAGUAAUAAAACAAUUAACAGCUCAUGUCAAAAUAUUGUUAUAAGUACAUCCUGAUAAAUCCUGCCUAAAUCAAUUAGUGCUGCAAUAGUUAUUAAUUUUACAUGCAUAAAUUAUUCAUGCUUAUUCACUGCAAUAUAUGAAUGGUUGAUCAACAAAUAAGUGAAAUAUUGUAAGAAUCCACGCUGAUUGCAAUAUGGAAAAUAGUUUGUCAAAACUGUGCUUUUGUGUUAAAGAUAAUGAUGAAGAAGAUUUGUUUGGGAUAUUUAUUGUUGAAUGGCCUCACAUCUUAUAUAAUAAAAGGCUAACGCUACGCCUCACCUCUAUGGGGGAAAAUUCAAGUGUUUUGCUUACCACUGGCCACUAGAUGGCACCCGACAGAGCAAUUCAAGUGUUGCUCCAUUCAGGCACGCACAACCUCCGGUGCUGACAUUACUGUUUUGUUGUUCCGUUAUUUUGACAGGCUGGUAACUAGUACGUGUAUAUUUGAUUUAUUGUGAUAUUUUGAUAUAGAUAAUUUGUUGUACUAUACAGUAUUUCAGUCAAGUCAUAACAUCAAUAAUCACAUUAGUCACAAUUACAUACUAAGAUUUAUGUACAUUUUCAUAACAGGUUGAGGAGACUGUUAAUAUACUGUAGUGUUCUGUGUCUAUUCCAAUAUUCUAAUGAACAAACAUUAGUGAUGUGUGCAGCUAUUAUUUUCUGACACACUUUCUCUGUGACUUCCACUCACUCACUCAC